UGACCUUUUAAAAGAGUAUGAAUUGGGAAGGACUCCUAAUCCUGAUAUUGUGUGUAACAAGCACAUCAAAUUCAACUACUUUCUUCAUUAUGCUAUGGAUAACCUUGGAGCAGAUGCAAUUGCUACUGGGCAUUAUGCUAGGACCUCACUAGAGGAUGAAGAAGUGUUUCAACAGAAACAUGUUAAAAGACCACAAAGGCUUUUCAGAAACCGUUUUGAAGUUAGAAAUACUGUGAAACUCCUUCAAGGGGCUGACCUCUUUAAGGACCAGACCUUCUUUCUAAGUCAGAUCUCGCAGGAUGCUUUGAGGAAAACCAUUUUCCCUUUAGGGGAUUUGACAAAAAGUUUUGUAAAGAAGAUAGCAGCUGAACAUGGCCUUCAUCAUGUGCUAAAGAAAAAAGAGGCAUGUACCAUGUUUCCUUUUCAGAGUAUGGGAGUCUGUUUCAUUGGUGAAAGAAACUUUGAAAAUUUCCUUCUUGAGUAUUUAGAACCUCGACCAGGUAAUUUUGUUUCCAUUGAAGAUAAGAAGGUUCUGGGAACACACAAAGGUUGGUUCCUUUACACAAUAGGCCAGAGGGCUAGACUAGCAGGUCUGAAGGAUGCUUGGUUCGUUGUAGACAAAGAUGUCAGCACUGGAGAUGUCUUUGUGGCACCGUCAACAGAUCACCCUGCUCUGUACAGAGACCUGUUGCGGACAAACCGAGUGCACUGGAUAGCAGAGGAACCUCCUGCAGAGCUCAUUAGAGAUAAAAUGAUGGAAUGUCAUUUCAGGUUUCGGCACCAGAUGGCACUGGUGCCUUGUGUUCUGACUCUAAACCAAGAUGGGAGUGUGUGGGUGACACUAGUGAAGCCAGCAAGAGCUAUCACACCUGGGCAGUUUGCCGUGUUCUACAAGGGUGAUGAGUGCUUGGGCAGUGGGAAGAUCCUAAGGAUGGGCCCAUCGGUGCAUACCAUGCAGCAGGGCAAAAACCGAGAGGAGGGUCCAAAGAAGGAAGAGAUUGACAAGAUAGAGCCAGCAACGUAA